AGUUAUGCGGUGUAUUUUCAUUCCGUUAACAUUCUCCGCCUUAUUCUUCCUUACGAAAUCAUGUCCAGCGGAAGAAUGCAGCUGCAUCGGGGAUGAAGUUUUAUGCGAGGACCUUCAAUUGAACAAUAUACCAUCAUUUAAUUCUUAUAACCACCGCUUAUGGGAUUUAUUGGAUUUACAAGGAAAUAAUAUUUCAUUACUACCUCGAUUCUCAUUCUCCUCUAUUCAUGUUAGAAGACUUAUACUGAGGUCCGUUUUCAAACAUUUAAUAGCAGAAAAGUUGUUAAUAGACUUAACGAUUAGGCCAAUGUUUAAAAACUAGCGAAAGGGAUAUACCCUGGAGAGAAAACUUGUAUAUCUUUACACUUUUCUUUCUCUUCAAUUCCCACCCAUCCGCCCACUUUUUUUUUCUUAUUUAGAUUUAUUGCUUUCGAAAUUAACUUAACCAUUUGAGCAUAAAUUGAAUAUUCAAUCAAAAUAAAUUCUAUUACCUAAUAGGCUGAGAGAGAGAGAGAGAUACUUGAAUAUUUAUUGCAUUUUGGAUAUUUAAAUUAGUAAAAGAAACAAGAAAAAAAUUUCUAUCAUAGAUAAGUUUGUUCUGUUAUUUAAGAUGAAAAUGUUCCUCAGUCGUAAUCCUAUUUCAUCAAUUCAUUCAGACGCUUUACAUUCUCUUAGUCACGAUCUAAUUGACUUAAGAAUUUCCCGUUGUCGUCUGGAAGUAAUUAGCAAUAAUUUUCUAUCAGAAAUGAGUAAUUUGAUCCAACUCGACUUAUCCGAAAAUUUCAUUAAUACUUUAGGAGAUUCAACAUUUUACGGUUGUCCGAAUCUAGUCGAUUUAAGACUUUGGGGUAAUCAAAUAAAUAUAUUAACAAAUAAAACUUUCUACGGGUUAAGAAACUUGGAAAGAUUGGAUCUUAGCUAUAACGAAUUAGAGGAAAUCUUGCCUGGACAUCUUUGGUCUUUAAAGACAAUUACUACCCUAGAUUUAUCAGGAAAUAGACUUAGAGCUCUAAAGAAUAGAACAUUUGAACAAUUAACUAAUUUAAAAAAACUCUUCGUUGACCGAAAUAGAUUAAAGAUUAUCCAAACGGAAGCAUUAAAAGGAUUAUCAAAUCUUCAAGUUUUAACUAUUCAAUUUAAUAGCAUAUCAACAUUGUACGAUGGUAGUUUUAAAUUUUUAUCAAACCUUCAGUAUUUAGAUUUAUCCUCAAACGAAAUUCAAGUUUUAUGGAGAAAAACCUUUUACGGAUUAGCUAAAUUAUUCUGGUUAAGAUUAUCUAAUAAUCGAGUAACAGAACUACACGAUGAUACAUUCCACUAUACAAAGGUUUUAAAGCUACUAGAAAUGGACGCGAAUAAGUUGAAAAGGAUUACUUCGAUCCAAGUGAAAUCUGUCAAUUUAACAACUUUAUCGCUACUGCAAAACGAUCUGGAAUGCAAUUGCGAGUCGUUCUGGUUAAAAAUCGGCCAAGUAUACGGCUAUUGUGAGAAAGAUAGCAAAAUAUUUGUUUUGGGGCUCGAAUUUGAUUGGUGCUGA